ACGAGUAAGCAACCAAGCAGCGAACAAGACGAGUUUAACCCCGAUGCAGACAUCUGAGCCCCUCAUAACCCCUCUCAACGACGCGGUUGUCUCCUUAAACGUCACUUCAUCAGUCCAUUCUUCUCUUCACUACUCCAAGACGUUACCACCUCCUCACUCUUCACUCUUACCCCCUUAAAUAUGGCGACCGUCAAGCUCCCCGAACCCUUCGCGAGCAUCCCUCGCGAGGUCCUCACCUUCGGCCCCUCCCCAAUCCAACACCUCCCCCGCAUCUCCCAGGCCCUCGGCGGCAAGGUCAAUAUCUACGCCAAGCGCGAGGACUGCAACUCGGGCCUCGCCUACGGCGGCAACAAGACGCGCAAACUCGAAUACCUCCUCCCGGACGCCCUCGCCCAAGGCUGCGACACGCUCGUCAGCAUCGGCGGCGUGCAGUCCAACCACACGCGGCAGGUGGCGGCGGCCGCCGCCAAGCUGGGCCUGCGGGUCGCGCUGGUGCAGGAGCACUGGGUGGACUGGACCGACGGCGGCUACGAGACGGUCGGCAACAUCCAGCUGUCGCGCCUCAUGGGCGCCGACGUCCGCCUCGACCCGUCCGGCUUCGGCAUCGAGCACAAGCCGACCCUGGCGGGUCUCAAGACCGAGCUCGCCGCCGCCGGCCGCAACCCCUACUACAUCCCCGCCGGCGCGUCCGACCACCCGCUCGGCGGGCUGGGAUUUGCCCGUUGGGCGUUUGAGGUGGCGGCGCAGGAGGCGGAGAUGGGGGUGUUUUUCGACACGGUCAUCGUGUGCGCCGUGACGGGGUCGACCAUGGCGGGGAUGGUGGCCGGGUUCAAGCUGGUGGAGAAGCUGGGCGGGCGGAAGAGGCGAGUGGUGGGGAUCGAUGCGUCGGCCAAGGUGCCGCAGACGUUUGAGCAGGUGCUGAGGAUCGCCAAGAACACGGCCGUGAAGAUCGGGCUGGAGGAGGGGGACGUUACCGAGGCGGAUAUCGUGCUGGAUGACCGGUACCAUGCGGGGACGUACGGCCUUCCGGAUGAGCAGACCAUCGAGGCGAUCAAGUUCGGCGCGCGGACGGAGGCGUUUAUUACGGAUCCCGUGUACGAGGGGAAGAGCCUGGCCGGGAUGAUGGAUAUGGUUCGGAGGGAGGAGAUUGCCGAGGGGAGCAACGUGCUCUAUGCGCAUUUGGGGGGUCAGUUGGCGCUCAAUGCUUACUCGGCUCUUGGGUAGAUGUGGCAGAAGGAGAUUGUCGGAAGGUGUCCUAUUGAUGCGUAUUCGAGUCGCACUUCGAGCCUUGCCACCUCGUGAAUAUCAUCUUCUCGAUUGAUACUAAUCCAAGCGUGACACUUAACGUCUACAGCACUAAGCUGACCCAAGGAACGUCAAGAGAAUAACAGAAGCAAAUAACAUCUCGUCU